UUCUUGGCAGUCGCCGCCCGCCGUAUUGCACGGCAGAGUUCGCAUUUUUCAAUUUUAUUCGGUUGCCCGCUAACAACGAAUUCGGUUCGACUUGUUCCGCUAAAAUCAAAAAAAAAAAAAAACACAAGAAUAUAUUCCAAAAAAAGACAAUAUUAUGAAAUAAAGUUAGGGAUUAUAAGCCCAAUAAACCGUUAGACCGUAAAAAUAAUAGAGUAUCGCGAGCGAGCAGUUUUGGUAAUCGAUGAUACGGUUUUGAACUCGUGCAAUCCCGUAAUCUCUAUGGCCGGACAAUUGCAACUGUAACUGUAACAAAAACAACAUAAAUUGUCAACAAAGUAAUUAAAAAGAUUCGCCAACUCAGGCACAAAAACAACAACUCUUUUCGAAAUCAAAACAACAACAACAUUUUUCAAAAAAACAAAAAAAAAAGAGUGCCUCAAGUGCAAUAAAUUAAUUAAAAAAUAAAAGCAAAGCAUUUAAGCAUUAUUGCCAAAAGUUUGCAACAUGCAACAGAGCUAGGAACAGCAUUAAGCCCACACCCACUUCCAGAGGAGUAGGAGGAGGAGAUCUGGUUCGGACGUAACCAGAGUAUUUUAGCCCGGGGCUACAACCAUCACACCGAAGCAUACAAAAUGGUACACGGACCGCCGGCACGCAGAAAAUCACAUCAACAGCAGCAGCAACAAAAUGCUCCGUGCGAAAUGGAGCUGGAGCCACAGCCCACUCCGCCGGACGGAGGAUGGGGCUGGGUGGUGGUCUUUGGCUCCUUUAUGAUCCACAUUGUCACCGAUGGGAUGACCUAUUCCUUUGGCAUUUUCUACAAUGAGUUUCUGGAUUACUUCAACGAGGGCAAGGGUUACACGGCCUGGAUAGCUUCGAUAAUGGUCGGAGUGACCUUCUCGUCGGGACCCAUUAGCUCCUCCUUUGUGAACCGCUAUGGCUGUCGGGCCGUGACCAUAGCCGGUUCCAUUCUGGCAGCCAGUUGCAUCAUCGUCAGCAUGUUCGCCCAGAACGUCCUCACCCUGAUCAUCACCAUUGGCUUCGGCACUGGACUGGGCUUCGGCCUCAUCUACCUGCCGGCCAUUGUCAGUGUGACGCAGUACUUCGAGGCCAAGAGAUCCCUCGCCACGGGAAUCGCUGUCUGCGGCUCCGGAUUCGGCACCUUUAUCUUCGCUCCAUUGACGAAGUACCUCAUCGAGGGAUUUGGCUGGCGGGGAGCCAUGCUGAUCAUCGGAGGCAUCGUCCUGAACUGCAUCAUCUUCGGAGCCAUGUUCCGGCCACUGGAACUGGAGGCGGGACCUUCGCAGACGCCGCCCAACACUCCGAGUACUCCCAAUUUGGGCAAGAAGUCGGCCAUCAUUGAUGAGAACACGACGCCAGCGGAACUGGAGCCCCUGAAGAUCCUGCCGCAGAAGGAUCAGUACUUGCAACUGCCUCCGGGCGGAACUGGACCAGGAGCCGGAGCAGGACUCUGCCGCUCCAAUAGUGUGGGUCACAAUCUGAAGCCCACUAGUCUGAACAACAACUCGAAUGGAGCCAUCAAUGGCCAGGGACCCGCCACCCUGGUGACCCCGCCCACUGCCGCAGCGGUGACGAAGAGCACCAGCAACGACGACAUCGCCCGGAAGUGCCACAGCCAGUUGCAACUGACGCCCCUGAGGGACACCCAUCGGGAGAGGAGUGCCAGUGGCACUAUGUACCGCCCCGAUGCCCUCUACCAGGGUUCCCUUCACAACAUCCCCGAUUAUGUGAGUUCCAGGAAUGACCUGAACCGAUCCAUCUCCGGAUCGGGCGUCAUCAAGCGCUAUGGAUCACUGCGUCAGAGCAACAAUAUAUCCCAAAGUCAGGAAGUGGCCAAAUGCUGCGGUUGCAUCACCUGCUCCAAGGAGACUCGGGACACCUUCGCCGAGAUGAUGAACUUCUCGCUGCUCAAGGACGUGGUCUUUGUGAUCUUCUCGGUGUCGAACUUCUGCACCAGCAUCGGAUUCAACGUCCCCUACCUGUAUGUGGCGGCCUAUGCCGAGAUCCUCAAGCUGAGCAAGUCGGAGGCCAGCUACCUGAUCGCCACCAUCGGAGUGGCCAACACGGUGGGCAGGAUAAUCCUCGGCUAUAUCUCGGACAAGCCCUGGGUGAAUCGACUCCUCGUCUACAACGUCUGUCUGACAGCCUGUGGCGUGGCCACUGCCAUGGUGCCACUGUGUACGAACUAUCAGACCCUGACUCUAUACUGUGUGGUCUUUGGCUUCACCAUUGGCGCCUAUGUGGGUCUGACAUCGGUGAUCCUGGUGGACCUGCUGGGUCUCGACAAGCUCACCAAUGCCUUUGGCCUGCUGCUGCUCUUCCAGGGAAUCGCCAGCUUCAUCGGUCCCCCCAUCGGAGGUUGGUUGUUCGACCUGACGGGGUCGUAUGAUCCGGCCUUCCUGAUGGCCGGACUGAUGAUCGCCAUCAGUGGCCUCGUGAUGUUCGUCAUUCCGCCGCUCCAGCGUUUCCAGGCCCGUAAAUCGGAGCAGAAACAUCACGCCGAGCACCUAGCCUUAAGUUAGUUAUCCUUAGGACAGGACAGUUAUCCCCUCCUUCCAGUCUAUUUUUUUUUUUUGAUAUACAACCAUCCGUGUUUUUUUUUUGUUUUUUGUACCAUAAACUAUAAUGAUAUAAACUAUAAUGUUAAGGCCCUAGGACAUCGUGAGAGAUAAUUUAGGUAGAAGACCUCCAAAUACGAGUAUAUAUAUAUUCUAAAGUGUAUGUGUGUCUGUUCUAGAGCAAUUAUUGUUAUCCUGAUACGACUGUGCGUGUAUAUAGUCCUCUAGCCAUCAUAUAUUAUAUAUACACGCUUUUCCAUCAAGAACGUUAAGUUGGAAAUGGGAAAUUGGAAAUCGAUUCGAGGGAAAACCACAUAUGGUUUUGAAUAUUAAAUGGGGAACAAGAAUCGCUGGAGAAAACGAUUGUUUUUUUUUGAAGCUAAAAAUAAUAAAUACAUUUAAACUCUAACUGUAAAUCAAACGUAUUUUUUUAUAUACUCUAAAUGUGUAAAAAAAAAAAACCAACCAAUAAACUUUAUUCGUUCGUAAA